AUAUUACACACAACUGAAAAGUUGAAUAAAAUUUCAAUUAACUUAUCGUAAUUGCUUUUAUGGCUAACUAACUAUGGUUAUCCCAAUUAUUCCAAUACAUACAAGAAUAAAAAAGCUAAACACAAUUUAAUUUAUCAAAAUAUAAUAAUUGAAUUCAUUGUUUAAAGUGCUUCGAGAGAUAUCACUGCCAUCGUUGAUAUUACAGAAGCCAAGAAGCGUCGGUUUGAAUGUCCCGCCCUCAAAACGAUUACUCGUUCUAAAACGAAUCUUGUAGAGAAAUGAAAAUGGUUGACUGCGGCCAGUAAAAACUCGUUGAUUAUCCCGUUAUCGAAUGCCUCGAUAAAAGUCUGAAGGCUAGUAAAACACCGUGAACUUGUGAAAGAUAAAAUCAACUGGAAAAAAUUAUGCGAGGCGUGGACAUUAUUUACUCGGUUUUUCAAAUGUGUUCAAUAGCCGACGGUGAACAAGGAUGCACAAUGCCGUGAUUAAAAUUUCUGAGGUUUUGACACGUUUACAAACUCAAAAAACGUAGCGCUGAAUCCUGAAAAGUUCUUUGAGAGUGGAAACUCAUUGGUAUUACGCAAGGAUAGACCGGUUCAGGACAUAGGAGCCGUUCACAGAGGGUGUGAGAUCUUUGUACAAACAUUAUGACGAAUUGUCGUCUUUGGAGCGAUACGAGGAAUCUCUUCUUUUUCUGUCAAGUCUGUGUAUUUUUAGUGUCGCAUGAUCGUGUUAAAAAUGUAUACCUGUGAACAGUAAAGUAAACAAGUGACAAACAUUCGUAGGAGCCACCUACUAGAUUGAACUAUUAUUUUAUUUACAUAAUAAGCGUUAGAUGAACGCUUAUUAAUCAUGAAGAAACAGUUCUUCAGAGUUAAACAGCUCGCCGAUCAAACGUUUUCUAGAGCUGGUAAAACAGAAGUCCUCACAGAUGAUUUACAAGCUGCAGACAAACAUGUCGAGCAAAUUAGGAUGGCUCUCAUUGGAUUAAGCAAGAGACUUGCUAAUCCUCUAAAUCAAGCUGUGACACAGGAUGUUGCAUUUAAAGACAAACGGCGGAAAAAAUGUCCAGAAUAUAUAUUAGGGCAAACAAUGUUAGAAAAUGCUCCUGAAGAUGGUCUCGUGAGUUUUACCCUUAUGGAAUGUGGUCAUGCACAAAUACAUUUAGCAGAUGAAAUAAUUGAACAUGAAGCAAAAGUUGAACAAUAUGUAGCAAGUCCUCUUCAACAUAUUUUAGAUACAGAUGUACCAAAUAUAUUAAAGCACAAAAGGAAUUUAGCUCGGUUAAUCUUGGAUAUGGAUAGCGUGAGGACACGAUACCAACAAGCCAGCAAACAUAGUGCCAGUACAGGCGCAGCAAAAAUAGAUAGCUUAAGAGAAGAAUUAGAAGAGACUGAAUCUAAAGUUGAACAAUGUAGAGAUCAGUUAGCUGCAGAAAUGUUUCAACUUAUGUCGAGAGAAACGGAGUUGGCUCACAUUAUUAUCCAAUAUGUAAAACUUCAAAGAGCUUACCAUGAAAGUGCACUACAUUGUCUUGAAGAACUUAUUCCUAGACUUGAAUGUUACAUAAAUGAUAAUGAAAUGAAACCAGUCUAUGGUCAUCCACUUGAAGAGCAUCUCAGAGUAACUAAUAGAAAAAUAGCAUUACCUAUUCAAUUAUGUGUAUCUGCUUUAUUACGAUUAGGUAUGGAGGAAGAAGGUCUUUUUAGAAUAGCUGGUGCUGCAUCAAAAUCACGACGAAUUAAAUUAAGUCUUGAUGCUUGUUGCCUUACAUUGCCAACCGCUCUGGAAUAUAAGGAUCCACACGUAAUUGCUGGUGCAUUGAAAUCUUAUUUACGAGAACUUCCCGAGCCUCUUCUAACAUACAAAUUGUAUUCUGAAUGGAUGACAGCUGCAAAGAUAACACAAAAUGAAGCAAGAUUGAGAGCUCUUUGGGAAGUGUUACAUAAAUUGCCUCCUGCAAAUUUAGAAAAUUUACGGUUCCUAAUCAAAUUUUUAGCUGUACUCACAAAAAAUCAAGAUAUAAAUAAAAUGUCACCGCAAAAUAUUGCAAUUGUUAUUGCGCCUAAUUUAAUAUGGAGUCCGCAGGAGGAUAUAAACACAAUGGUAAUGAAUAUGAGCACAGCUAACAAUUCUAGUCUUAUAGUAGAUCAGUUGAUUACAUACGCAAAUUGGUUUUUUCCUGGUGAAAUAGAUUUUGAUCGUGAUUUAGAAGUCGGUAUUAUAAACGGUUUAGAAAAUCAAACUGCAGGUAUGCGCCGUUGCAUUUCUAAUAGCAGUCUUAGUGACCACGGUGAGAGUCCUCCACAGGGUAGUCCUAAACCUGCAGCUCGUAGAAAAAAUAAACCAGCUCCAACACCACCAAAUAGUACUACACCAGACAAACAUGAUAGAAAACCUGAUGAUAAGCCACCACCGACUCCUGACAAACCACCCAGGCCUUUGACAUCUGCAACCCUUAAUCGUGUAACGUAUAAAGCUCAAAAACAUGACGUAAAUACCGAAUUACCAGUUAAACACGAAAAUAAUAUCGAAAAGCAAGACGGAAAUACGGAGAUCGAAAUCAAACAACAAAACUGUGAAAUAAAUAUAAUUACGGAUUCUCCAUCUAUUAGCUGCUCAGAACGUAUUAAUGAAGUACAAGAUGAAGUACAUCAUACGGACACAGAACUAGAAAAGAGUAAUCAAGAACCGCAAAAACAUGAACAAAAAUUAAAUACUUCUGUUACUGUUGAAAAAACCACUGUAGAAAAUGCACUAUGCAACAAAUUGAUUACAGAGACUGAAAAUUCUGAAGCUUCUGUACACAGACCAAAACCAAUACCUACGGAAAAACCACAUCCUUCUACAUUAGAACGACGAAGACCGGUGGCUGCUCCAAGAAGUAUAACCAAUGUGCUGCAUAACACUGAUGAAACAGUUGAGUUACGUAGAAAGGCAGAUGGGAGUAAUUCUACAACUAUAAGCACACUCGACAGAACUAGUAAACCAGCCAUACCGGAACGACCUGCUGGAUUAGUUCGACCUUCAAGUCUUAUCAGACAACAUCCGCGUCACAGUAAUGAAAACUUAGAUACCGAAGCAGGGGUCAGUAUAAUACAAGUGCGUGGGAAUGGCAAUGUGUUCUGCUCAUCGGGCGACAACAAUGGCAACACAGCUUCGAACUUGCAGAGAAGCCCCAGUGUAGGUAGUCGACCUUCAUCUAUGUCCUUGUACGGUGAACGGCCAGAAAAGCCGGCAAAACUAAAUGCUCCAGAACAAACAAAAGCUCACGUGCGAACCAGAUCGGAAGGAAAUAUUAUCGAUGUUCAAACACAGACUGAAACAGUAGUAGUUAAAUCACCACAACAACCCGUUCCGGCUUCUCCAAGGUUUCAUCAGAGACCUCCAAGGCCACAACCACCACCACCACCUCCGCCUACUACGCGAGUUAAAUCGGAACAUGAAAGUACCAAUCUUUGAGAUCAACUGUAUAAAAUGUGAUUAUUACAUUCAUAAGUGAACUUUUAAAGAAUCACGAAUAUUUUUUAAAACGAAGGCACUAUUUCUUACAAGAUAAUUUGGCAUUGCGGAAAAUGACUACAAAGAACUUCUAACUGAGCAAUGUAAGUUUUGUAGAUUUUCUCAGUUCAAUAUACGUUCAAGUAUCAAUGUUUUGAUAUUUAGAGAAUUGCAUUCAAAUUGAUAUCGUAAUUAUACAAAAUAACUUAGUAAUUUUUUGUUUUUGUUUACUAUGGUACGUAUAGGAAAUAAUUAAAAAUACAAUGUUAAAUUAUUUAGUAAUCUCGAGCGACGAAGCUUUAGUAUUAAUCGUUGUUUAUAAUAAAACAACGGUCGAAACGUUGCUUCUAUGACAAAUAAUAGAGGUUCUGAUGCUUGAAAUUAUCAAAUAAUUUACAGCGUAAUUACAGCAUAUACAAAGUUUUUAAUUCAUCUUCAAAGAUUUUAUAAAAAGUAUUUUACGUUUCCAAUACACUAGUAACAAACAGCAAAAACAACAAAUGGAUUUAAAGUGUUAAUAUUAAACAUUUGUAAGCAUUUGUAAUCUAUACCAAUAUUAUAAAAAAGAAAGAUAGUUUAUAUGUAGCGAGUAAUCUCUGGAACUACUGAACCGAUUCUUAAAAUGUUUUCUACGAUAUCCCUGAGUAACAUAGGCUAUAUUUUAUUUUGAUAAAAAUAAAUGUUCAAUUACAAAUCGCAAUAUUUGUAAAAGUUGUGGCAACAUGAAGUAUCAAUUGAAACAUCUUGGCUACGGAAAACGAAAUAGACUCAAGUACCAAUUCAUGGACGAACACGUGGAUGAACAAUCAAUUGAACAAGAAUGAUAAAAUAAAGGUCCUUUUAGACAGUCACAUCUGUUCUCAGUUCAGUUUCAGUUUCAAUGGAACUGUCAGUUUUUCCUAUGCGUAAAAGAAAGAAAAACUGAAACGGAGAUGAAACGAUAGUGGAAACUGAAACUAAACUGAGAACAGAUAUGACCGUCUAGAAGGACCUUAACAAUAUUUUCAAUAGAACUUUUUCAUUAUAACUCAGUUUAAAAAUAAUCCAUAUUACACUUAUAAUUACGGCAUAAACAUAAAUUUAAAAAAUGAGUAAAUUAUACUUUUCUUUGAAACUUUAUUACAUCUAUGCUUUAAAUGAACUCUACAAUAUUGAUACUGAUAUUUAUUUAAUUUUUUGAAACAUCUUUAUCCUACACAACCAAUCAUCGUGACUAUAGAAUUCAGUAUUCGAUUACUCAACAUUAUCGAAUGCAGACACAUAAAUGCUAUGAAACAACAUAAUUUCAACCAGCAUUGACACACGUGACAAACCUUUCUUUUAGCCUUUAACAGUUAUUAAAUUUAAAUUUCAUUACACGUGUUAUUAUGUCCAUUUGUAUUGUUAAAAUCCGUUUUAUUGCUUAAAUAUGACAUAUUUAACUGUAAAAUAUAACACUAUGGUUAGGUCCUCAUGAAUUAUAUUUCUGUAAAAAUUUAAAUUUUUAGGCGUGUGAAUUGCCGAACAUCCCUUGCGAGUCGAACGCGAACGACAUAGAAUAAGAAUAGUAUUUCACACGGGUGAAACAGUGGGGCGCAGUUAGUUGUAUAUUAAAAAUAACUUAAGAAGUUAUGCCUAAGUUUCAUAUUUAACUCUGAUAUUUUUGCAACUUACCAAUUUUUAUACCUGUUACAAUAAUGAUUAAAAAAGUAUUAUAAAAAU